CUCAGUAGCUUAGUUUCCAUGGAGAAUUCGAAACUGGUCCAAGUCUCGGAGCAAGAGGUCCGAAUCGACUUCACCCUCAACCAAAAAUGCCGCGCCAACGUCCGCCUGACCUCCCUGAGCUCCACGUGCCCCGUCGCCUUCAAGGUCCAGACCUCCUCUCCUGACAAGUUCCUCGUCAAGCCCCCCACCGGCCUCAUCCCUCCCUUAUCCUUCGCCACCUUCCAGGUCGUCCUCAAGCCCCAGUCCCACCUCCCCGCCUCCUUCCCCCGCUCCCCCGCCGACCGCUUCCUCAUCAAGACCGCCGAGUUCUUCCCCUCCGCCGGCGCCAACUCCGACUCCCUCGACUCCUGGUUCAGGGGGGCCCACACUCGCGACCUCAAGCUCAAGGUCGCCUUCGUGGGCCCCGUUCUUCUGCGGCACGCCGUGCGCGGCGGGGAUUGCGAGGCGGUCAGGAAUAUAAUCAGGCGGCAGAGGACGAUUCUGGCGGAGCUGACGCCAGGGGAGGCCGAGUCGCUGCUCCGAGUCGCGACCGAGUUGGCCGAGCCGGAGAGGAUGAUUAAUUUGCUGCUUGAGGCCGGGUUGAGGAUCGAGGCGGGUCUGAGGUUGGAUCAGGUGGAUGAGGAAUUGGUGCGGAACGGGAUGGAUGAGCUACGCGUGGCGGAGCCUUCUGAUCGGUUUGCUAGUGUUCUGGGUUUUAGGGAAUCUGGACCGUCGACAGCAGAAGACCCCAGCAGGAUAAGUAAAGGUCAUGGCCAUCGUCCACGAGUUGCCACUGAUAGUGAUAAGCUAGAAUUGGGGGAACAAAUGUUGAUGGCAGCGCGAAUCGGGGAUUUGAGAGAUGUGGAACUGUUGUUUCUUAAAGGAGCAGACAUCAGCUACUGUGAUCAAUAUGGCUUGACAGCUCUUCAUGCGGCAGCCAUUAAAGGGCACAAGGAGGUUGUUCUGAUGCUGGUCGAAUUUGGGCUAGACUUGGAAUCCAGAGACAGUGAAGGCCAUGCGCCGCUGCAUUUGGCGGUUGUGGGGGGAAACUUGGAGACGGUUGAGAUGUUGAUACAGAAUGGGGCUAAUGUGAAUGCCAAGAGCAAGAGUGGGGCUACUCCUUUGUACAUGGCCACAGCUAUGGGGUAUGAUGAUAUCACUGAGUUUCUUAUCAGCAGAGGAGGCUGAGAUUGCGAAGGAAGCAAGAAAGUCACUAAGUAGCUGAGUUUUGAUCAAGACAAGAAGUUGAAUUGGAGUUGUGGGAAAAUGAUGAAGAGGAAAAGUUGAUUGAAGCCACCCAAAUACUUGUAGGAAGCUUCUGUUUUAGGCUUUAUAUCCCACUUUCAUGCUUUUUACAGAUCAAUAUAUUUCGUGGAUAGUUUACUGGUUAUAUAAUAUUGGUAAUGGUUUAAU